AUGAAGAAGAUGUUCUAAAAGAUUUUUAAGUAUAAUGAAUGGAGAUACAAGAAAAUGUUUGAAUCAUUUGAGAAAUAAGAUAACUAUUAAGAAUUUCUGAUCCAAAAUCAAUAAUUAUUCUUUAACAAUGUACUUGGAACUAUGAAGCACUUAUUAGCAGCAGAUUACAUUUGGUAUGGAAGAAUAAUGCAAUUAUAAAGCAUAUAAGUACCCUUUUUGAAUGAGUAGAAGAUAUAAACCAUAGAUGUAAAAUUCCUAUAAUUAAAAAAAUAGCUAAAAGAACUUAUUUUAUUAUGGUAAUGCGAUGAUGACAAAAUAUUUGAUAAGCUGCAGUUUGAUUACGAUUAAACAAAAUUCUUACUUUUGGAUAUUAACUAAGUAUUCUAAUAACUUAUUGAAAAAUGUGAUGAUGCUUUCUUUGAUUAAGAAUUUGAAUAUCAAGAUAGCAAAGGAGUCAUUUAGAAAAAGGAAGCCUAAAAUGUAUUUUACCAUCUUAUUAAUCAUCAUACACAUCAUAUUGGAUAAAUAUCAACUGCGUAUACAUAAUAAUUUGGAAGAAAAGAUUACUUUUCGACUGAUUUUAUAUAUUUUAAAUGA